AUGCCCUACCCGUCAGCUCCUCGUUCGCCAUUCUUGUCCACCAGCACUCGCCCGCUACGUCGUACUCUACUGCGAUCAGUUUCCGCUAGCAAAGCGAGCGACGCAACCAUUGCUCGUUCCGCUCAUCUGCUGCCUAACCGGGACUCUCUUCGCGGCGGUUUGCUCUGGCAGCGCUGCCGCCGCAUCUUCGAGCCUCUAUUGUCCCCUCGAGCCCUAGAAUGCAUCGUUGGGGAUUCUCGUGCGCUCGACUGCCCGAAACGGCAUGUAAACAUUCUGACUCAGUCACGUGACCGCACCUCAGUCCGGAAAUGCUCCCGGUCGCCACCAUUACCGGACGACGAACCCCUUUUUCAGGAACAGCAAACUACCGCUCGAGAGCAUCCAGGGACGCAGCAAGACGUUGAGAACCGACGUUCCGAUGAAUUGUAUUUCAGGAAGGGGCAUACAUGA